CCUGGAUUGUAAUUUCACUUUUUGGCGGAAAAACAUCCUUUGCGGUUCUUAUGAAGAACUACUCUGCACCGAUUUUUGAAAAUGGAGAUGAACGACUCUGGCCAUUAGCUUUAUACUAGCUAGUACCUUACUUGGGGUCGGGAAUGCUUUUGUAUCUCGCGGAAGCAAGCCUGGCGGCCUGAGGGUGACCUAUUUGGCUUGUAUGGUCACUGCCACUGCCAUGCGUAUUUCGGUGAGUUUUCAUGCUAGUUAUUUGGUAACUUCAAGUCUUUAGCAGCACGUCGGGCUAUAUAAGUGUUGGCUGCCGGCUCAAAAAUGAGCAAACAAUCAGACCAUGCUGUCUCAAGCCCUAGAGAGUGGUCGUCGUAUCAUCCGGCACAUCAUGACAUUAUUCUUGUUCACGAAGUCCGAUGUGUUGACAGUUCUUAUCCCAAUCACUCUAUCUACCCUCGCAGCUGCUCCCCAUCCAAAUGUAACUCGCGUUCCGGACAUCAUCAUAUGGAUAUGGCUGCACCUCCUGAAACAUGACAUAUGUAACCAGAUCCAGGAUCCAGAGGAGGACCGCAAAAACAAGCCUUAUCGCCCUCUCCCUGCCGGUCUUAUCACUGCCCAAAAUGCGGCAGAUGUGCGCUGGCUGCUACUGCCAGUCUGCCUGAUAUUUUCUGCCAUGUAUGGCAUCAAGGCUCUUGCUUGUAGCGCUUGCCUAGAAGCCCUCAGUAUCUGGUACAAUGAGUUUGGCGGCGAUGAGACUGGUCUUUCGAAGAAUUUAUUGACAACUUUCGCAUAUGCGACUAUUGAACUGGGCGCAACGGCCGUGAUUGGGUCUAGCAUUGAUAACAUUUGGGUACAUGCAGUCGCCUUCAGCUCUGUAGUGUUUGCAACGACGAUUCACGCACAAGAUUUCAAAGAUGAGGAGGGAGAUCGAUUGGCAGGAAGACGCACUCUUGUCACCUUGUUCCCUGCCUUUGCACGUGUGUCUAUGAUGAUUGGCAUCCCCCUUUGGUCACUCUUCCUCAGCAGACUUUGGAAGGUAGAUCUCGUCUCUUCUAUCGCAUUCAUAGCGUACGGAACGAUUGUUGGGGCGAGAUUCGUGGUUUAUAGGACCGCAGAUGCCCACAAACAAUCGUGCAAACUAUACAGCGUCAGUGAUCUCGAGUCAGAAAAUUCUACUCACUGACUCAUUCCGAAUUUCCUGUAGCUAUGGUAUACCCUCGUGCACAUACUCCCUGGCUAUUGGCGAUUUUUCAACAGCACUUGAAAUGGGAAGCUCAGUGCAAUGUAUUAUAUUACGAAGGAAUGCUUGUAAUUGUAGGUUGUAUUUUUUUACCGCAUCUCGAAGUUUUUGGGUAAAGGCACUUCUCUAGACAAGAGAUUCUGUUUAUUACCACCUUACGUUUUUUCUAUGUACUUCCUGUCCACCUAUGAAGCCUGU